AUGGCUCUCCGGCGACUUCGUGGACCGUUGUUGCGGCCAAUCUGCCGAGCCCAAGCGCUCUCCAGCUCCUUGAAGCCUUGGGAGGCGCUCUCUGAGUCAGAACGCGCGGCCUGGGAGUCACUUGGCCAUGGCGAGUCCUGGCAUCGCACGCCGCAAAAGACCCUGCCGAGUUGGGGCCAGCUGCAGGCCCACCAGCAGGCUGCAGCCAAGCAUGGUCUUGGGCUUCAUGAAGAAAGCUGGGAAAAGUUGAGGACCCACAUUCAGGCCGAAGGCGCACCUUCACCUUCGGUGUCUUCUGGUGCUCCAUUGGCAGACGGCGCUGGCGCUGCCAGGACCGGAGCAGCAGGAUUGGCCGGCGUAGCCUGGUCAGUCUGCAAGACCCUGGCUCCAAUCGUCGGAGAUGCACUCGAUGGGGCCAAACACCCCGGCUUGCGCCUGCUGGGAGGAGCUUUCCGGUACAUGGCAGAUGUCAACGAUACCUUGGCAGCUCCUGUCAGGGUGGAUGACAUCGAAACCAUAAUGUACUUGGACGACUCAGGCUCAAUGCGUGCUACCGUCCAAGGCAUGUUUGGCAAGUCCGGCUUGCAGUUGGGCCAAGAUGCCCUGGAUCAGGUGGUCCCUUUACUUCAGGGGCCAACGCGUAUUCUCAAGUUUGGAACUCUUCCCAAAGUGCUGCUUCCGAGAGAAGAGCUCUCUGCGUCACAAGAGAGAGCUGCCACGGAAACACUGCUCCAUAGCGUGGUGGCCGCUCGGUGGAACGGCACUUCCGGCGGGACCUACAUGUGGAAGAUGAUCGAAGAGGACGUGCGCUCGAGGUAUCUCCCUGGGCAUGGCCGUCUGCGCCUGAUUGUCAUCACGGACGGGCAGGAUACGCACUCCCCAGGUGUUUAUUGCGGCAUCAAGGGCAUGGAUGCUCUGAUGAAGGAGUUGCAAAAGCAGGGCUUCGACGUCGAAUGGCACAUAAUCAUCAUCGGCCGGUUCCAAGCUGCGGAGCGCAAACGCUACGAGACCUUGGCGGGCGCCACCGGAGGCUCCUUCCUCGCGCUGGAGGAGGCCGAGGCCUUCGAAAGCCCGGCCGCACAGCGCUUUCUCGCAGCUCUCAAGGAGAACCCAGGCGCACGGCAGGCCCGGCAACAGGCGUACUUGGCAGACACAGCUGCCGGCCGAAUGGAGCGGGUGGUCCCGAUGUCCAGUGCGCCGGUGCUGAUUCCGAAGACCAGCAAUGACUGCAUUCCCUUUCCUCCUGAAGUCUCCGCUUUGGGUCAGGUCGGCCUCAAGAAGGCGACUGUGCAGGCAGGGACGCAGUGCCCACUUCAGGCCAAGGUGCGGUUUUCAGAGCUGCGCCUGGCAGAGGAGGGCAAGCAGGCAAUGCGGGAGGCGUUCCAGUAUGAGUUCUUGACGGAGAUCCAGCAGAAGACCUUCGAAUCUAUCCGCAGUGGUGCCGAGGUCGUGGCGAGGGCGAAAACAGGCUCCGGGAAAACGCUCAGCUUCCUACUCCCUUGCUUGGACAGGCUGCACGAAGAGCAGGCCGCUCCAGGCGAGAUUGCUGUUCUGGUUCUCACGCCUGUGCGUGAGCUUUCCAUGCAGGUUGCGGCCGAAGCGGAGAAGCUGACAAAGUACUACAGCAGCAGUAGUAUGGUUUGCAUGACCGGCGGUGUACCGUGGGAGGAGGAGGAUUUGGAAGCUCUGAACGCAGCAACGGGCGCAGUGACGUUGGUGGCCACCCCAGGCCGGCUACAGAGCCAUGCGACGAAGACAGAUGGCUUCGCCGAUCGGCUAGGCAAAGUGCAGAUCCUGGUGUUGGACGAAGUGGACCAGCUGGCCAGCGAUGUAUUUCGGCCGGCGACGCUGGACAUCGUGAAAGUGCUGCCUCCGGCAAGCCAGCGCCAGAGCCUGUUCUACUCCGCCACAAUGGGGGAUGCUGUUACAAAGUUGGUCAGCCAAAUUGGCAAACCGGACCAUAUUUACGUGGAUGUCAUACGCUCUGACGAUGUGUUGGUGCCCGAGCAUAUCCGCCAGACAUAUACUGUCUUGCCGACGGAGCGCAUGACGGAAUGCCUGUGGGCAGCCCUCACCAUUGCAGCCACAGAGGAGGAAGCGAAAGUCGUCGUGAUCUUCAUGACGGGCCGCAUCGCUGCCUACUACGCUGAAGCUUUUCGGAAGUCAGGCACCGAUCUGCCUGUCUUCGAGAUCCAUGCGCGAAGAAGUCAGAAGCAGAGGACAGAUGAGUCGGAGCGUUUUCGCGCAGCAACCCGCGGGGUGCUUUUCACAAGCGACGUGUCCUCUCGUGGGUUGGACUAUCCAGGGGUCACGCACGUGAUUCAGAUGGGGGCAGCCCACUCCAAAGCAGAAUAUGUUCACCGCCUCGGCCGCACCGGGCGCGCCGGCCGCGAGGGUCAGGGGUUGCUCCUGCUGCACGAGUUCGAGCAAGGCUUCCUGGCAGAGGUUUCAGACCUCGGGAUUGCCGAGGUGCCCCCGCCUACCGCCGAGGGGGAAAUGCCAGACUUCAUCGGCAUGCCAAUCGCCAAGAACGUCAAGGCCCAGGCCUACUACUCACGGAUCAACCACGUGAUGCGCAACUCGAGCCUUGGCAAGCUGGAAAUCAUGCGCGAGGCCAAGAGAUUUGCAGCAUCGGUCGGGGCACUCGACGAGGAGGGUCGCCCGCCGGAAAUUACGCGCGAGAAUGCCGAGAAGAUGGGCGUGCGUUGGGAGGCGACAGGGGAUUUUGAAGGAAUGCUGGAAGGCGAUGGCUGGAUGAGCGGCCUAACUUUGGGCCUCGGGGGCCAAGCCAGCUGCUUUCGACCAGUCCCCAUCGACUGGGAGGAAGUUACCCGAUGCUGCGGCCCUGUGAUCGGAAGAUCGGGAAGUGCAGAACCUAGCUGCCCCUACUCACCCCAGGGGCCUGAGAUCUGCUGUGAAGCCAGCCUCAUUGCUGAAGUACCGACCGGGCCCAGGGAGAGGGAGGCUGGUGGGGGCGCUCAAACGCCGCGAGCGAGCGUGGCUGAGCUCGCUUUAGGGAUGAUGGCUGUGUCUGCUGGAAGCCCUUGCGGAAGCGCAUGCCUCUGGGCCACGCUUCAGCAGAUCCGGGCUCAUGUGGCUUCAAGCUACGCAGGAGCGACAGCGUGGGGCAACUCCCGGUACCACCGAGUGAAUGCGGUGGGUCAUACUCUGGUGCUAUGCUGGGUUGCCAUGAACCUCUUGCACACUGCAGUCACCGGACCCAAUGAAGAGCUGACCUUACAGGUCUCUGACUUGCUGCUUCUCGUGGCCACGUCUUGGGAUUGCUGGGAGAGUGCUUUUGCUUUGAAGGUUCCACUCUUUCGACUUCUGGCGCGGCUCUUGCAUCUCAUGGGCUCUCAGGUGAUUAGCCCGGGCCUUUCCGGGCUUCAGUGCAACGCCACCGGGAGCAGCCCGAAGCGACUGUUGAGACUCUGGCGACUCCAGUGGUCCUUGGUACAAGACCCCACCUCUGUGGCGACGUCUUACCUGCGGAUGAUGCAGGACUUCCUGGACACCGCCUUUACACCAACCUCGGCUUGCGAGUGGCUGGCUGUUGCGGGACAGUAUGUACUGACCUAUCGCUACUCCGAGCAUGGGUUUUUAGCGUUUUUGGAAGAGAAAGAGAGCUUCCUUCAGUGGGCUGCUCGAGCCAUGACGAUGGCGUUGUUGAAGGCCGGGCGGGGAAAGGCAGCUGCCACGUUCUUGCAAAGCGCGUGGCCAGUGUGGUAUCUCCUGGCCGAUGCUUGCUGGAUGGGCCUCCUGCAACCCAGUCGACGUUACGUGGCAGAGUUCUUGCAAUGGAUCUCUCCCUUGCUGCCCCAGGAACAUCCUGUAAUCUUCGAGGCCGGGAGCUUCGAUGGAAAGCAUUCGGAGCUCAUGGCCCGCAGGUGGCCAGAGGGGAAAGUCUUUGUCUGGGAGGCCAACCCACUCCUUUGCAAGAACGUGGAGAUGAAGCUGACGAGCCUUUCCAAUGUUGUUGUGAUCUGCGGUGGCCUCGGCACGUCCACUGGGACCACCAGGUUUUGGCACUGUGGUGAGGACGCCACUUUGUAUUACGAAGAGGCAGUUGCCCGCUGUGGUGCCCGGGCGCUCGAGGUGGUGGAGGUGCCAACCGCCACUCUACAGGCAGCUUCAGAAGGAUUGGGGGUGCGGCCCGAUUUUUUGUGGUUGGAUGUCGAGAGCGCGGAGCUGGACCUUCUCGGGGCGUCAGUCGCACCAAAGGGCGCGACCCGAGGUCCUCCGGUUUUGGCAAAGGUGGCAGUCAUGAAGCUGGAAACGCGGGCGUCCGGCCUUUCGUCCUUGAAGGACCUUGAAGCCUUACUUGCUUGGGAAGGCUUCUCAUUGGUGUUGGCGCCCGCUAUGAUACUCUACCCGAGCUCUCCAGUUUAUCCCUUUGCCGGCUCUUUUGAUGCGAUCUUCAUCCGCAGGCAUGUCUUGGAGGAGCAUUUAGGCAUCCGGGACUCCGGAACUUUUGAACUCGACCCGGUGGUUCCUUCGGCGCCCGUGAUCACGAACUACUGGUACUCCUUGACGCCGUAUCCAGCCAGCGAUCAUUACUUUCCCUACCACGAUCCCAUGCGUGGUCCCAGGUGGAAGACCUCCCAAGAUGAUGCGUUGGAUUCGGCAUUGCGCAGCCACGAGGAUUACGGCGCAAAGACGCCGCUGAUGGAGUUGCGACACGAAGCUUUCAUGCGGGACUUCCGGGGCCUCUUUCGCUACCCUGGUGGCGCCAGCUCCGUGACAUGGAACAAGCGCCCACCGCCUCCGGUUCGGCGCAUUGCGGAGCCGGAGCCAGAACGUUCAGAGCAGCUGACCCUUUGA